CAAGCGUCAACUAUACCUACACUCACACCUACUAAACUAGCAAACAGGGUUCAAAUAGAGGAAAAAGAUCAAUAUACUUAUCUUGUUACUUCUUUAGAAGGAGAAUAUGAAUCUGUUGGUUCUCCAGAAAGAGAAUAUGAGCCUAAUUAUAUUAUAGAUUCUUCAGAAGAAUAUGAACCUACUUGUGUUGCUGGUUCUCAGGAAGAAUAUGUAUCUACUUGUGUUGCUAGUUCUCCAGAAGGAGAAAUUGUAUCUACUUGUGUUCCUAGUUCUCUAGGAGAAAAUAGGUCUAUUUAUAUUACUUCUUCUUUGGAGGAACUAUACAGAUCUACUUAUUCUACUACUUUACCUAUUGGUAUAACUAAAACAGGAUUAUAUGUAGCUAAUAUAAUGUGUUCUAACUUUUUAAUAGAGGGUUAUAUUAAUGAAACAUUCCUUAUGCGAGAAGAUGAACAUGCAAUCCUAUAUUCUAGAAAAAGAUUUGUAUCAUGGGAU